UUUGGUUGAUUGUUCGGAGCAGUCCUGAUUAGUUGAAGGGAAGAGAAGCCUUUUUGUUUUGUACCUUUUCUUCUGUUUGUUUAGGCAGGUGACAUCCCUGCAUUUUCUUUUCGUCUCUUUUCGAAGUAGGGAAGUCAGUUUGCUGUUACAGAUUGUUGUCUUUAUUUCGUCUGUGCUCUUCCUGAAGUUUUUGUUUCCUAAUGGAUUUAUAAAAAGAAAUCUCAAUUGUUUGAGCUGCAUAAUCCACGUGGCACUGCCAUUUAAUCAUGUCCUCCUGGUGCUGGUAGUCCUCAUGUUGUGUCUGCUCCUGCACAACACACUGUACAGAGCCUCCACUCAGCCCAAACUCUCAGAUCACUGGAGGAGCCAUGGAAGCGCAGCAAGAGGUCCUGCACUGAAAGUACCAGAGGCAGAUAAAGUCAUCCCUGUCAUCAUCUGCGCAUCAGAGGAGCGAAUGGGUGGAACCAUGGCUACUAUCAACAGCAUCCGCAGCAACACAGAGGCCAGCGUCUUCUUCUAUAUCGUGACCUUCCGAGAUGCUGUGAAACUGACAAGGGAGUACAUUGAGAAGACUAAACUGAAAGGCAUCAGGUAUAAGAUACUGGAAUUUAACCCCAUGGUUCUAAGAGGAAAAGUGAAGCCAGAUUCCUCUCGGCCUGAACUGUUACAUCCACUCAACUUUGUGCGCUUUUACUUACCCCUGCUCGACAUCAACCACAAAAGAGUGAUCUAUUUGGAUGAUGAUGUCAUUGUGCAGGGAAACAUAAAGGAUUUGUUUAACAUCAAACUGAAGCCUGGACACGCUGCGGCUUUCGCCACAGACUGCGACCUGCCCUCCACGCAUGAGAUGGUGCGCAGCAUUGGCAUGCAGACAACCUACAUGGGCUUCCUGGACUACAGGAAACAGGAAGUCAAAGACCUGGCCAUCAACCCCAGAGACUGCUCCUUCAACCCUGGAGUGUUUGUCGCAGACAUCAGCGAGUGGAAGAAGCAAAAGAUCACCAAACAGCUGGAGAGAUGGAUGGAGGAGAACUUCAGGUCAGAUCUGGUGGGAAUAAGGAGUUCGUUAGCAUCAAUGCAGCAGAACCAUUCAUUACAACUGCAGAACAUAUACAGCAGUGCCAUGGCGGGAGGUGUGGCGACCCCACCCAUGCUAAUCGUCUUUCAUGACAAAUUCACAACACUAGAUCCACUGUGGCACGUCAGGCACCUCGGCUGGAGUCCAGAUGCCCGCUAUUCAGAGAGCUUCCUACAGGAGGCACAUCUGCUGCACUGGAACGGCCCAUUCAAACCCUGGAAGUAUCCUGCCGUUCACUUGGAUCUGUGGGAGAGGUGGUUCAUCCCAGACCCCUCCGGACGAUUCUCCUUGAUACGACCUGAUAGCGACAGCUGAGGUCUGUGGAACGUACCAUGUCCGAGCCACAGGGGUGUGGGGCACGAAGUGCGUGAAGUUGACGGCUUCACUGCAGGGAGGGGAAGGAAGGGGUAAUAGAUAACAGACAGUGAAUGUAAUACUGAGGCAUGCUGUUGAAAAUGAAAUGCGGUCAGUUGAACAUUGUAUAAGAAAUUGUGUUUAAGCAACUGGGUGCCCCAUGUAUUGCUAAAGGCAAAAAUUGUGACUUAUCUGGUGUUAAUAGAUAUCAGAUGCAGGAAUGUGUUCCAAGUGAAAAGAUUUUUUUGUCUGUGUCAAAUGUGUUGAGCUGCAGAAAAUGUGCUUCCUUGAUAACUUGAAAUAAAAUCUCAGAAUUCUCA